AUGGAUCCAAGGAAGCCAAAAAAUGGUGUGGGUGGUGGACAAGGACGUAUUCCAGUGAAUCGGACACCAUUCAAUCCCCCGAAUCAAACACCGAAUCAAGCCAAUAUGCCACAACCGAGAGCUUCAAUCCCCCGACAAAAUCAAAAUCGAAUCCCACACCGAAUUCGACAUCAAAUCCCACAACAAAUUCCCCAACCUCAACCUUACUACCCACAACCGGCGUAUUCACAAGGUUACGUUUACGGUCCACUGCCGUCGAUUAUACAUUCAUAUGUUAUUGAGCAAACCGCUGAAGUCGAAUUCGACCCGUUUUUGCAUACCCGUAACACACCUUUGCCUGAUGAUGAUGUUGCCAUCCCUGAAACGCAAGAGCAACCAAACAUGCAAGAGCAACCAAACACGCAAGAUGAUGUCCAAGAAGUACAAGCUCAAGAUGUUUUGGGCAAAAAGAAGAAACGAGCGGAAAAACAACCUUGGAGUCAAGAGGAGGAAGAGGCGUUGACUAAAGCUUAG